CACAAAACAUAAUUGAAAGAGCAAAUCAUAGUUAACUGUGCAAAACAAAGUAAAGCACAUGUUCUGCGAAAGACACGGAGCUUUUCAAAAGAAUGUAUUUUCUAGCAUUCUCACAAAGAGAUCCAACAUUUCCCAGAUUUCCACUUCAAGGCUAUUGGUUGAAUAUUGUAAUCUUUGCUCAAAUGGAAACAUCACAUCACAAAGGUUCCCUUGCAGCGAUGAGAGAUGCCAAUGCAGAAGAACAAUCAAAUCUUCCUACUCCCGGGAUGGUUUGUUUCCUGCCGGACGCUGACAAUCAACAUGCCAAUUCGGCGGACAAAAUCCAACAAGAGAAGAUUGCAUUGGCUGCUGUAACCGUUUCCGCCGAAACGAGUUCCUACUCAUCUGCAUCCGAGCGCAGCAGCACCAGCAACGGGGAAACCGGCGAUAGCGAUAUCACGCUCAACGACAUUGAAUCGUACACACGUUUCGAAAACGAUCUCAUAUCGAUCAGCUCAGACAUGGCGCAAAGCAGCCAACCGCUAAGGAAACGUUUACCGCCGGCCAAAAAGCGAAAGUACGAUUACGUUGAAUCCAAGGUGAAGCAGUACUUUAAACCACCAACAAAAUGCCGCUCCAAGCAGGCACAGUCGCAAUAG